AUAUAUAUAUAUAUGUGUGUGUGUGUGUGUGUGUGUGUGUUAUGUCUUAUCUGGAUUCACUCGUGAAAAUCGUUACAGAUCGGAUAAAGAUUUGAGCAAGUAGAAGAAGGAAGAAUGGAAGGAAAUGGAUCACCGGCGGUGGCGACGGCGGCGGAGGCGGAGAUAAUCGAGCACAAGGCCUAUGCUCGAAUUGGACUUCUUGGUAAUCCAAGCGAUGUGUACUACGGACGUACGAUUUCCUUAAACAUUUCCAAUUUUUGGGCUUCUGUUCGUCUGGAGCCUUCUUCAGAUCUCGUCAUCGUUCCUCAUCCUACUCACGAUCUCGUUAAAUUCAGUUCCCUAUCUCACCUGGUGAACCGGUUGGAAAAUGAAGGUUAUUAUGGAGGUGUGCGCUUGCUUAUGGCAACUUGCAAAGUGUUUAACAAAUACUGCAAAGAACAAGGGAUUGAUCUUCACAACAACAACUUUUCUCUUUCAUAUGAUACCAAUAUUCCUCGUCAGACAGGGUUAUCUGGUUCCAGUGCCAUUGUAUGUGCUGCCUUUAGCUGCCUUCUUGACUUCUAUGAUGUCAGAGAUAAAAUAGCUGUGGAGAUGAGACCUCAACUUAUCCUAAAUGCAGAAAAGGAACUUGGAAUUGUUGCUGGUCUCCAGGAUAGAGUAGCACAAGUUUAUGGAGGCCUUGUAUACAUGGAUUUCAACAAAGAGAGCAUGGAUAAAUAUGGUCAUGGCAAUUACACGCAGUUAGAUACAAGUCUUCUCCCACCUCUGCAUCUCAUCUAUGCUGAAAAUCCUAGUGAUUCUGGGAAGGUACAUAGUACAGUUCGACAAAGAUGGCUAGAUGGAGACGAGUUCAUAAUAUCAUCGAUGGAGGAGGUGGCCAACUUAGCUCUCGAAGGAAAAUCGGCUUUACUUGAAAAGGACUAUGCAAAACUUGCAACCCUUAUGAAUCAAAACUUUGAUCUUCGAAGGCGGAUGUUUAGUGAUGCUGCCCUCGGUGCUCUGAACAUAGAGAUGGUGGAGGUGGCCAGAAGGGUCGGUGCCGCAUCAAAAUUUACAGGCAGCGGCGGUGCAGUGGUUGUUUUUUGCCCGGAUGGUCCUUCACAAGUUGAAUGUCUCGAGAAUGCUUGCAAGAAGGCUGGGUUCGACAUUGCACCCGUGAAAGUCGUACCUUCCCUUCUCAGCAAAAUCGAUAUCAAAACAUUAUCAUCAAAAUAAACACUCCCAAUUGUUUAUUGAAUUUGUAGGAUAAAAUGUAGUACGAGAUAGGGGUUUGUUCAUUGCAACAUUCCCUUAUUUGGCACAAAAGAGAUUUUGAUAUCAAUUUAUAAUCACAUUGGAAGGUUGUUUUUUACCAUG